GACAGAAGAGCGAGCGCCGGGGCCGGGGAUCGGCGAGCGGUGGCGGCUGCUGAGACGACCGACGGCGAUAUGCCGGGGCUGGCCGGGCGGCUCGGGGUUCUGGGAGCCGCGCGGGGCAGAGACGACCUCGGUUUGGGAACCGCGUGAAGAUGCCUGCCUGAGCCUGGGACUCUGCAUGGAGUUCCUCACCACCCCGCAGCCCCUCUCAGGGCCUCCAGCUAUGGACUUGGAGGAGUCCAAGGGCUCCCCCGUGACCUCCGAGGACCUCAGCCCUGACAGCCGGUGGGACCCAGAGCCUGGAGGCUCGGGCAGCCUGACUCAGAUGGAAUUGGACGGGUCAAGCAUUCAGGACCUGGUGCGACAGUUUGAGGCUUUGCCCAGUGAUCUGGUGGGCCUGGCCCCAGAUGGAGCCCCUUGCCCUCUGCACAUUGCCACUGGCCACGGCCUGGCCUCCCAGGACACUGCCGAUGCCCAUGGGCUCUUGUCUGCUGAGGCUGGCCGGGAGGACUUGUUGGGCCUCCUGCAGUGUGAGGCGUGCUCCCCUUCCCAGCCGAGUCCCCCAGAGCCUCCUCAGCCUGCCCCUCGCCUCCUGCAGCCCCCUGGGGACUCAGGUGGGGGGCCUGCCUCCCCAGAGUGGGCAGAUGGAGCCUCUGCAGAACAAGAGGACAGCAGAAGCUCAAGCAGCUCCCCUGAGCCCUGGCUGGAGACGGUCCCUCUGGUCACACCCGAAAAGUCACCUGCUAGUGCCCAGAGUCCUGAGACCCUGGCCUCGUGCCCUGCCCUCCAGGAGGUAUCUGGGCCCUGUGACCACGAGGACCUCAUGGACGGUGUCAUCUUUGGUGCUAAAUACCUGGGCUCCACCCACCUGGUGUCAGAGCGGAACCCACCCCCCAGCGUGCGCAUGGCGCAGGCCCAGGAGGCCGUGGAUCGCGUCAAGGCCCCCGAGGGCGAGAGCCAGCCCAUGACGGAAGUGGACCUCUUCGUCUCCACCAAGAGGGUCAAGGUCCUCAUACCGGACUUGCAGGAGGCCAUAAUGGACCACGCACUGCAGACCGUCUCCUACAUCGCGGACAUCGGCCCUAUACUGGUACUCAUGGCGCGGCGGCGGCUGGCACGAAGACCAGCACCCCAGGACCGCAACCACCGCCUGUACAAGAUGAUCUGCCACGUCUUCCACUCCCAGGAUGCCCAGCUCAUUGCUCAGGCCAUCGGCCAGGCCUUCACGGUAGCCUACAGGCAGUUCCUGCGGGAAAGCGGCAUCGACCCCAGCCAGGUGGGCACCCGGCCGAGCCAGGGCACCGCGGGCCCCGGCCACCUGCACAACGGGGACCUGGACCACUUCUCCAACAGUGAAAACUGCAGGGAGGUGUACGUGGAGAAGCUCCGCGGCGAGGGCCUGGGCGUGGCCUUGGUGGAAUCGGGCUGGGGCUCGCUGCUGCCCACCGCCGUCAUCGCCAACCUGCUGCACGGGGGCCCCGCCGAGCGCUCAGGCGCCCUCAGCAUCGGGGACCGGCUCACCGCCAUCAACGGGGCCAGCCUGGUGGGGCUGCCCCUGGCCGCCUGCCAGGCCGCCGUGCGCGAGGUGAAGCCGCACACGUCGGUGAGGCUCAGCAUCGUGCACUGCCCACCCGUCACCACUGCCAUCAUCCGGCGGCCGCACGCGCGCGAGCAGCUGGGCUUCUGCG